ACCCGCUCAUGGCAAUUCAGCGAAUGCCUACCACAGCGCUUUCCUGCGUUUUACAAAAAGGAGCUUUUCAAGGAAGCACAAUUCUGUCUGCCGGAGGACGGGUUCAUUCUCGAAUAACCUCACAAUUUCAAUCCUGGAAACUGUUUAUCGGGAAAAAGUUUCAGGAGGGAAUAGUAUCUUUACUGGACACGAACGUCCUUUUCAAAGUGUCACCUUUACUGGAAUCCUAGCAGCCGUUCCAACUUGACAGACACGAUGGGCUCUCUGACUCUGAACUCCCUGAGAAGCAUCAUGCGUGCUAUGACUGAUAGCCCCGGCUUUGAUCGAGUGUUGUCCAAGGUAAAUCUCCUUACCGCAAGCCCUGGGAAGGUAGUCUGUGAAAUGAAGGUGGAAGAGGAGCACACAAACCGGGCUGGCACCAUGCAUGGAGGACUCACAGCCACCCUGGUGGAUAUCAUCUCAACAGCUGCUUUAAUGUACACUGAAAGAGGGGCUCCAGGCGUCAGUGUUGACAUGAACAUAACCUAUAUGAAUGCUGCAAAACUUGGUGAUGACAUCCUGAUUACUGCCCAGGUUCUGAAACAAGGAAAGACACUGGCAUAUGCUGUGGUUGAUGUGACAAACAAAGCUACAGGGAAGCCGAUUGCUCAAGGAAGACACACCAAGUUUCUUUGAAGUUUAUUAAACCGCUUCAAUUCAGUCCAUUUAACAGAUACUGACAUACUGUAGCCGUCUACGUUAAAACGGAUACUUUUUACUGAAAUAAGAAUUUUCUACAAA